AUGGAGAAAGGCCAAAGCUUCACCUCUAAAGCGGACUCCGAAGUCAAUAACCCGACCCAACACCACCUUACUGCUCCAUCCGGCUUGACCAACGACGAGUUCGAAGGGCUGAAGCGGUCGGUGACGGAGCACCACACCUAUAUGGUGGGCUCUGACCAAUGCUCAUCCUUACUGGCGCAGCGAAUCCACGCGCAGCCCGAUACGGUGUGGUCAGUGGUGCGGCGUUUCGACAAGCCUCAGGUUUAUAAGCACUUCAUCAAGAGCUGCGCGCUCAAAGAAGGAUUUAGAAUGACCGUUGGUUGCACUAGAGACGUGAAUGUGAUAUCAGGUUUACCGGCAGAAACCAGCACGGAGAGGCUUGAUAUACUGGACGAUGACCGAUACGUCACGGGUUUCAGAAUUAUCGGAGGGGAGCACCGGCUGAGGAAUUACAGGUCGGUGACGACGGUGCACGGAUUCGAGGGUGAGGGGAAGAUCUGGACCGUUAUUCUGGAAUCUUACAUAGUAGAUGUACCAGAAGGUAACACGAGGGAGGACACGCGUCUGUUUGCCGAUACCGUCGUGAAGCUCAAUUUGCAGAAGCUGGCGUCCGUCACGGAAGGGAUGAACUGUCGCGGUGACGGCGGUAAGUAGAGUCAAAGCCCACAAAUCAAAUAAAAUACGAGCAACAGGAUUCCCGAGACUACUAUAUUAUUUAGAUUUUUGUUUGUAUUGUUUCUGUUUUUGGCGGAGUCGCGUUUUAACCGCGAACUGUGCAUAAGAUCAUCCUCUUGUUUUACGAGUAAUCUCACUGGGGUAUAUUUGGAUGGAACAAUUAAAGGUGAG